AUGGUUUUGAAGGAGAAGAACAAUGAAGAAAGAAGAACAUCAAAGAGAAUCUGGAAUCAAGUGCGACUCCAGAAAUUGCGAGCCAGAAGGGUUGAGGCUGGAGGACAUCUGGUUGGAGAUACUGCAAACGACCCUCUUGUCGUAUCUGAAGAGAAAGGCCCUGAACAAUAUACACCUGUUUCACCACCAAGAGAACCAGGGUUUAUCUAUGCUGAAGAAGGAGAUGCUGAGAAAAGCUUGCCACCACCGUGUCAAGGCUUAGCCGAACCACAAAAGUCAAAAGAAUCUGAAGGACCUUUUCUGAAAUUUUCACCUGUUGUGCAAUCGGACAUCUACCAGGAAAUCAUGAACAUGAGCAACACCGAGUACAUCCACUAUCUGAAGCAGCUGACAUUCGGACCAGUGUUGCCACCACCGGGCUUUGAAGGAAUUUCUCAUGAACCUCUUGCACCACCAGUUCAGUUUGAUGCACCACCGGCCGCAGAACCUGACCUACCACCAGUACCACCAGAACUCGUUCUGCCAUCUGCUCCUCCACCGGUGAAUCCCCGCAUCCGUCCACCUGUGAACUACACGAGGUUCUUCAAUGCAACAUACUCGUCCUCAAGCUCGAACAUGCACAGUGAAGAUUCCGGACCAGGGUACUGCCCAUCUCCUCCACAUACUGACGAGGACAACAGUGAAGAUGAAUGUUGUUCUACUAAUCGCAGUUGA